UCUCACAUGAGAAUUCACACAGGUGAGAAGCCUUUUGAAUGUCUGUCCUGUGGAAAAAGCUUCACUCAUAAAUCUAGUCUUGAUACACACAUGAGAUUUCACACAGGUGAAAAGCCUUUUGAAUGUCUGUCCUGUGGAAAAAGCUUCACUCAUAAAUCUAAUCUUGAUACACACAUGAGAUUUCACACAGGUGAAAAGCCUUUUGAAUGUCUGUCCUGUGGAAAAAGCUUCACUCAGAAAUCUAAUCUUGAUACACACAUGAGAUUUCACACAGGUGAAAAGCCUUUUGAAUGUCUGUCCUGUGGAAAAAGCUUCACUCAGAAAUCUAAUCUUGAUACACACAUGAGAUUUCACACAGGUGAAAAGCCUUUUGAAUGUCUGUCCUGUGGAAAAAGCUUCACUCAGAAAUCUAAUCUUGAUACACACAUGAGAAUUCACACAGGUGAAAAGCCUUUUGAAUGUCUGUCCUGUGGAAAAAGCUUCACUCAGAAAUCUAAUCUUGAUAGACACAUGAGAUUUCACACAGGUGAGAAGCCUUUUGAAUGUCUGUCCUGUGGAAAAAGCUUCACUCAGAAAUCUAAUCUUGAUACACACAUGAGAAUUCACACAGGUGAAAAGCCUUUUGAAUGUCUGUCCUGUGGAAAAAGCUUCACUCAGAAAUCUAAUCUUGAUACACACAUGAGAAUUCACACAGGUGAGAAGCCUUUUGAAUGUCUGUCCUGUGGAAAAAGCUUCACUACGACAUCACAGCUUAAUACACACAUCAGAUCUCACACUGGUGAGAAGCCUUUUUCCUGUACCAUUUGUAACAAUAAAUUUACUCAAAAGGGUAGUUUGACUUCUCACAUGAGAAUUCACACAGGUGUGAAGCCUUUUGAAUAAGUCACUGCAGUUGGAUGCCACAGGAAUGAACAGUAGAGGUGUUUACCAUGUUUGACUGGUGAUAAAAUGUCCAUCUAGAAACUCCUUCACCUCAUUACAUGAGAAACUCACGGGUUUAUGUCUUUUUUGAGGCAAGUUUUGAGAUUAAUUAACAACUCUGUUUACAUAGAAACUAGAACUAAUAAGGUGUUAUAUAGUAAAUCUGGUAAAUACUCAGGUCCUGGGUGAAUAUUUGGAAGUGAACAUUUGAAAGUUAAUUAUAUUGGACCUGAGUAAAUUAGAAUUAAAUGGCCAGAAAAUGUUGAAAUUUAUGAUUUCUUAUUUUUUUCUGUAAUGAGGGGAAAAAACAUGAUAAAGUGAAACAACAACAUAUUAGUUACAGAUGAAGCAAGUCUGCUGUCCAUAGAACAAGCAAUUGAUAAGUUUAAAUUGUAAAUAUAAAAUCAAGGCAGACCCAUACUGUGCAAUGUUGGCAUGGUGUUGCACAUCUUUUUCUGAAUGAAUUUAUUAAGAAAAAAAACCCUCCAGUUUUAGUUUUUGCUUCAAAUUUUAGUUGAAUGAUAAGCUAUCUGCUGGAUAUAUUCCAGAAACAGACUUUUAUUCAGAUGAAAAUAUCCUCAGAUGAAAAUAAAAGCAAAGCUAAGACAGAUUUAAUGAGCUUUGCUCAGUUUUGCUUUUGUUUUUGGAGGAUUUUCUAAGAGAUCAGCUGCAAAUGAUCAGAGUUUAGCUAAUUCAGUGUCUUGUUGGCUUUCAUUAGCAAUGCAUCAAUCAGCCCUGCUACGUGUGUUGUUGAAACCAGGCCCACCAAAACUCCAACUGUUUUAGCCACAGUGUUAGAGCUAUGGUCAAUAGAUAUUAGAAUGAAGUAGAUCAUCUAUAGAGGAGUCUCAGAUGAAGAUUUGGGACAUAUAGAAGUGUGUGUCAGUCUCAGAGUUAGUCAGCUACAAGCUAAUUAAUGUUGCAAAGUAGCUCCAGCCACCUUGAAAGGGGGUGCUGGGAUUAUGGGGUUAAACUACGGGACAUCAAAGAACUCAGUUUAGAGGCUGGAGUCUGUAGUUCAGGUAAAUUGAAGUCCUAAAAUGAUGAAACAUGUUUGUU